AUGAAUGUGACUUCUACGCAAGAUACCUACCGCGGCCCCCGUCACCAGGGAGAGUAUGACCGCCUAAAGACCCAACAUGAACUGGUCAAGACGGCAAUGCAUGGAAAGCUAUUGUAUUCGCCUGUUGACUUGAAACAAGAGCAUCUUCGUGUACUUGACUCUGCCACUGCAGAAGGUACAUGGCUGAUCGAUCUGGCCCAAAACGUGUCUUCGAACGCCACGCUCAUCGGGACCGAUAUAGCUCCUCAACACUUCACCCUUGAUGCUGAGCGCCCCGAUAAUGUACAGCUUUUGACUCACUCGAUUUUUGAUCAUUGGCCUGAAGAGUUUCAGAAUAGCUUCGAUGUCGUGCACCAGCGAUUUGUCCUUACAGUAUGUUCCAAUGAGACUGCCCUUGAUGCAACCAAAAAGCUGUUUGCGUGUGUAAAGCCAGGGGGUUGCAUUGAGCUGCACGAGGGGGAUAUGCUUUCAAUACAGGAGGGGCCUAAGCAUCCAGCAUUCACAAAAUUCCGUGAUACCAUGGUAAACGCAUGGGCAGCCAUUGGAAACCAGCCAAAUCCGGGGAAGUUUUUGGUCCCGUGGCUGGAGCAGGCCGGGGCAAUUGAUAUCCAACACGAAUCGCAGACAAUAGCUAUUGGUGCUGCUGCUGAGGACAAGGAGCAAGGAGAGAGAGCAGUCCGUGUAAUGUUAUAUCUGCUGGAGGGAAUGAAGAAACUACUGGCCGGUACUUUGAAAUCACAAUCUCUCCUAACGACAUGGCUAUUCCUUAACAUACUAUGCAAAUCAAGCAUCACAAACCUUGUUAUCAAUUUGUGUCGGAUGAUGAUUCUCCGUCUCAAGAAGAUGCUCUGGCUCCUGUGCCCUCUCAGGCCAGUAGCAAGCCCCUACGAGGACAGCUGCGCCCCCAAGGACGCCGGUCAGGAGCCAAAAUGCAUUUCGGUAACCCUCCAUAGCUACAAGCAAGUUCCCGUCGACAAGCACCUGCUGACCAUUCAUGAAGGCAUUAGCACCUGCGAGCAGAACACUGGCUCCCACUUGGUAGGCAGUGUUAAACAGGGCGCUGGCUACUGCAUGAUCGCCCACUCCGACUUGUCGCAGUAG